UGAGGCUCGAAAGAGAGGAGCGGAUCUUCGAGCUCGCUUUCUUGGGCAUAAUAAAUAGAGGAAGCUAGGUUAGUUACUAAGGAUCUAAGCUAAUACCUAGACAUGUGGUACUUGUUCUCUUGAACCUUUUCCAGCAUAAUGGUGUUAUAAAGAGAGGAAGCGAGUAGUGCUUUUGUUCCAAACAUUAAAAAUCAACCGACAAAGGUGGAGUUCUUAAACCGAUGAUCUUCAAAUGCAGAGUCUCGAACAUCCUCGAGCGAUGAGGCUCUCCCACGCUUCUGCUAUCCACUCAUCUGUUCCAUUCAACGGCAAAUAGAACUCUUUAGUGUAGAUCUCUAGGCGGCUUGGGUUGUCGGCCUUGAUUUGGCCUUCAAGCCUCUGGGUGAAAGGCUGUCCGGUCGGCUUUUCUAGAGACAUUUGAAUCUCGUUCUGAGUCUCGUUGAGCCACAGAAACAAUGGUGGUGCCCAAGGGUGCGGAAUUACUCUGGCAAGAUCAGAUUCAACGACACGGCGUGAACCUCACAUUUGAGGAGUUCCUUCUGAAUCAGACCAAUUUUACCAUAUUUUAUACGCCCGUACCCGAGCUCAGCGAGGAGGUGAGCUGUGAGGAGCCAUCCAAGGAGCAAAUGCAAUUCUACUUUUUUGUCGCUUGGUGGUUGGAAGGGGUGAUCCAAAUCGUCCUCGGAUGCCUUGGUUUUAUUGCCAAUUCAAUGGCCAUUCCCAUCCUUUUGAGCAAGGAGAUGAGCAGUAUCUUCAAUCGCUUGCUCACUUGUCUGGCCGUGUUCGACAACAUUUUCAUCGUGUGCAGUGUCCUGGAAGCCUUUCGAAAGCACAUUGGCAGCACCCAGCUUCACGAGUACGUGUUCGGGUACUUCUUGUACCAGUUUCAUAACAUGAUCUUGUGCUCGUGCAUUUAUAUCACAGUGGUCUUGGCCUUGGAACGUUAUCGAGCUGUGUGGCGACCAGUUGAGUACCAUAACAACGUGAAUGGCAUCAACCCAUGGCGAAGAGUGAUGGGCUAUAUUUUGCCCGUCAUGGUAUUCGCCGUCAUUUUCAACCUUCCAAAGUUUUUUGAGGCCAAAUUUGUGGAACGAACCAUGUACCGGGAGUACUUUGACGAUGUCCAGGAGGAAAUGGUGGAGGUCAAUUACACCACGACACUUAUGGCGCCCACAGCUCUGCGGCUGAACGUCAAUUACGUCUUGUGGUACUCGAACGUGGCGAGGCUUCUGGUGACGGGGAUUUUCCCUUUUGGUGCGCUCACCUACCUCAAUUUCAGGAUUUACACCGUCAUCAAAAGAAGGCGCCGAAUGACCAACCGGCCUCGAGGAGCGCCAUCGGCCGCUCAGAAGGCCGAGGAGGCUCGACAGGCCAUCGUGUUGCUCGUGAUUGUGGUUCUGUUCCUCAUCUGUCAUACCUUGAGGAUUAUCCUGAACAUUCAUGGGUUAUUCAGCUUGAAGAUUGUCCGCGAAAGCCUCAAGAACGGUUGCUCGGGAGUGGUGCAGACGUGGACCCUCAUCGGCACCUCGAUCUCGCAUAUCAUGCUCACUAUCAACUCGAGCGUCAAUUUCAUCAUCUAUUGCUUCAUGUGCACCACAUUUCGAAGGAUAUUCUAUCAAUGGAUCAACAAACUGAUGGGAUUCUCCGUACUUCCGGAUGUGCAACAUUCUGAGGCCUCAAUUGUGGUCGAAGGACAAUCCAACGUGAGAGAAUUGGUACCGACCCUAGUUCCCGAGAAUGAAUUGAACACUCACACUCAGUUGUCAAACAACCCUGAUCUCGAACCCAAUGGUGGGAACAUGGAAAUGAGGUCUUGGAAGGACAAGACGAACGGCGUGCUUAUGCACUUGUUGAAAAUCCGCGCUCAAGAUGAAUCGAAAGUGACGAGUGAUGUUUGAGAUCAACAGAGUCUAAAAACCUGAAUAAAAGUAGACCGAAAUUGGGUCGGUCCGAGCUCUGUGAGAAACCUUCCAGAUUUCCACUCAAAUGGCUGUUGAUCCAACCAAAUCAGUGGAGCUGUAGCUUUUGCAAUGCCCUCGAGCACUAUCGAAUCAUCGCCAUUGGUCAAUAAAUUGGAGCUCUUCCCGUGGAUCCUUUGCUUCAAUGUCAAUGUCCACGAAGCAAUCGAACGAAAACGGAAUGAUUCAUUGAUGAAUGUGAUGGUAGCUGUGUAUAUUGAGCUAUCUGAUUCGUGUUGAUUGUCUGUGAUAUCCUAACUUCCUACCAGUAAAUCAUACAUAAUUGGAUCGUCUCGUUGGUCCCCGCCCCAAUCCCCAAUGAGAGUGGACUCCAUGUUU